AUGGGAAAUAUUUGUUCAUCAUCAACAGAGGGCGCCAAAGCCAACAAUGACAUCAAUAUGCAAAUUGAAAAAGAGAGAAAGAAGAAGUUUAAUGAAGUUAAAUUAUUAUUGCUUGGUGCUGGUGAAUCAGGUAAAUCGACCAUUGCUAAACAAAUGAAAAUUAUACAUCAAAGUGGAUACAGUAAUGAAGAGAGAAAGGAAUUUAAACCAAUUAUAUAUAGAAAUAUUUUGGACAACAUGCGAAUCCUUUUGGAUGGCAUGACCAGAAUUGGAAUGAGUAUCGAUCCAUCCAACCAAGAAGCAGCCAACAUGAUUAAAGAUUUAACUUCAUUACACUCAUCUCUCACCGCCGAGAAUUGGAGUGAACUCAAUGAGGAUCAAGGUAAACAAAUUAAAGCAUUAUGGGCCGAUCCAGGUGUCAAGCAAGCAAUGAAGAGAGUAUCGGAAUUCAGUACACUCCCAGAUUCAGCACCCUAUUUCUUUGAUAAUAUCGACCGUAUGACUUCGCACGUCUACACACCAACCGACCAAGAUAUCCUACACACUCGUGUCAUGACCAGAGGUGUCCACGAGACCAACUUUGAGGUUGGUAAGAUCAGAUUCAGAAUGGUAGAUGUCGGUGGUCAACGUAGUGAGAGAAAGAAAUGGUUGUCAUGCUUUGAUGAUGUCACCGCCGUCGUCUUUUGUGUUGCCUUAUCAGAGUACGACCAAUUGCUCUACGAAGAUAACUCGACCAACCGUAUGACAGAGUCACUGAGGGUAUUUGGUGAUGUCUGUAACUCGUGGUUCAUCAACACACCAGUCAUUCUCUUUUUGAACAAGUCCGAUCUCUUCCGUGAGAAGAUCAAGACCAUCGACCUUUCUGAGACCUUCCCAGAGUACAAGGGUGGUAAAGACUUUGACCGUGGUGCCAACUACAUCAAAGAGAGAUUCUGUCAGAUCAACAAGAACGAAACCAAGAGCAUCUACACACACGUCACUUGUGCUACCGACACCGACAAUAUCCGUGUAGUUUUCCAAGCUGUCAAAGAUAUUAUUUUCACUCAAUGUAUCAUGAAGGCUGGUCUCUACUCAUAA